AUGUCCGAGGAAUUUGAUGCUUUGUUACGUAAUAACACUUGGUCACUUGUUGCCCGUAUUCCUAACAUGAAUUUGAUUGGCUGUAAGUGGAUAUACAGGAUCAAGCAAAAGGCGGAUGGCUCUCUCGAGCGUUAUAAGGCGCGCUUGGUCUCCAAGGGUUUCCAUCAACAACAUGGGGUUGAUUACUAUGAGACAUUCAGUUCUGUCAUCAAACCCACAACCAUUCGGACAGUUCUUUCACUUGUCAUCUCCAACGGAUGGUCUGUUUGCCAACUGGACAUAAAAAAUGCCUUCAUGGCAUCCUUGAUGAAGAGGUUUGCUAUAUUUGCUUUUAUGUUUUUGAUUUCUGUUUUUAAAUCGUUGGUAGUGGCUUCUAAGUUGUUUGAGGUUUUGCUGAGGAGACUUGUUGUAAGAGUUCUUGGGCGUGUUGGAGACUUUGAUGAUGUUGAAUCAUCACAAUUUUUACAGAAAACUCCUUGA